CAGCCAGAGGGGCGGGAACUGGAGACCUGCCCGCCGCCGGCCCCGCCCUCCAAACCCCGCGCCCAGAGCCCCGAGCCCCAGCCUGGCCGCGCCUCCAGCGCCACUCAGAGUGCACGCAGCCAUGGCCAGAGCCCCCACGCUGGCCCUGCUCCUGCUCGGGCAGCUCCUGGCCAGGACCGAGCCGCAGAAAGUGGGACCUCGAGGUCCUCCUGGUCCCCAAGGGCCACCUGGAAAGCCGGGCAAAGAUGGCGUUGAUGGAGAAGCUGGUCCUCCGGGUCUGCCUGGGCCCCCGGGACCGAAGGGGGCUGCCGGGAGGCCAGGGAAACCAGGAGAGGCCGGGCUGCCGGGGCUGCCUGGCGUGGAUGGUCUGACUGGUAGGGAAGGACCACCUGGAUCCAAGGGCGCCCCUGGAGAGCGGGGAAGCCUGGGACCCCCGGGGCCGCCGGGACUUGGGGGCAAAGGCCUCCCCGGACCUCCUGGAGAGGCAGGGAUCAGCGGGCUCCCAGGUGGACUUGGCCUCCGGGGCCCCCCGGGACCCUCUGGACUCCCAGGCCUGCCUGGCCCUCCGGGACCUCCUGGACCCCCUGGUCACCCAGGGGUCCUCCCCGAAGGCGCUACUGACCUUCAGUGCCCGGCCAUCUGCCCGCCAGGGCCCCCCGGCCCCCCAGGAAUGCCAGGGUUCAAGGGACCCACUGGCUACAAAGGGGAACAAGGAGAAGUCGGCAAAGAUGGCGAAAAGGGUGACCCCGGCCCCCCUGGGUCCCCCGGCAUCCCUGGCACAGUGGGGCUGCAGGGCCCUCGGGGGCUCCGAGGACUGCCAGGGCCGCUCGGGCCCCCCGGGGACCGGGGUCCCAUCGGGUUUCGAGGACCCCCCGGGAUCCCAGGAGCCCCCGGGAAAGCGGGUGACAGAGGCGAGAGGGGCCCAGAAGGGUUCCGCGGGCCCAAGGGCGACCUCGGCAGACCUGGUCCCAAAGGAGUCCCUGGAGGGGCUGGGCCUGUGGGAGAGCCGGGCAUGCCAGGCAAGGACGGCAGGGAUGGCGUGCCAGGACAGGAUGGCGAGAAGGGAGAGGCUGGGCGCAAUGGUGCCCCAGGAGAGAAAGGUCCCAGCGGGCUGCCGGGUCUCCCCGGACGAGCAGGGUCCAAGGGUGAGAAGGGAGAACUGGGCCGAGCCGGAGAACUGGGCGAGGCUGGUCCCUUAGGAGAGCCCGGCAUCCCGGGAGAUGCUGGUGCGGCGGGGGAGCGCGGGGAGGCUGGCCACAGGGGCUCAGCGGGAGCUCUGGGCCCGCAAGGCCCUCCCGGGGCCCCUGGCAUCCGAGGCUUCCAGGGCUGGAAGGGUAGCCUGGGGGACCCUGGCCUGCCAGGCCCCCAGGGCCUCCGCGGCAGCGUGGGCGACCGGGGCCCGGGAGGAGCCACAGGCCCCAAGGGAGAUGAGGGCAUCGCUGGCUCUGAUGGUCUUCCCGGGGACAAAGGCGAACUGGGAGCCAGCGGCCCCGUCGGACCCAAAGGCGAGCCCGGCAGUCGGGGGGAGCUGGGCCCAAAAGGCAUCCAGGGUCCCAACGGCACCAGCGGCGUAGAGGGUGUCCCGGGUCCCCCUGGGCCCGUGGGCCUCCAGGGCGUGCAAGGUGUGCCUGGCAUCACCGGGAAGCCCGGCGUCCCGGGGAAAGAAGCCAGUGAGCAGCGCAUCCGGGAGCUGUGCGGGGGCAUGGUCAGCGAGCAAAUCGCACAGUUAGCUGCUCACCUGCGGAAGCCAUUAGCACCAGGACCCAUCGGUCGGCCCGGCCCUGCAGGCCCCCCGGGGCCCCCGGGGCCUCCAGGCUCCAUUGGUCACCCUGGUGGUCGGGGGCCCCCUGGAUAUCGUGGUCCCACUGGAGAGCUGGGCGACCCCGGACCCAGAGGAAGCCAGGGGGACCGCGGAGACAAAGGCGCGGCCGGCGUGGGUCUGGACGGGCCCGACGGAGACCAGGGGCUCCAAGGACCCCCAGGUGUGCCUGGUGUGGGCAAAGACGGCCAAGAUGGCGCCCACGGUGAGCCCGGGCUGCCCGGAGACGCUGGCCUUCCUGGUGCUGUUGGUGCUCAGGGGACCCCCGGCAUCUGCGACACCUCGGCUUGCCAAGGAGCUGUGAUGGGCGGCGGCGGUGAAAAGUCAGGUCCUAGAAGCUCCUAAAACACAACCUAGGAAGUGAGCGUGACACCAGUGAAGCAGUGGGCUCUGGAGGGACACGGGGUCAGCAGCGUCCUUUACUAAGGAGAGAGCAACACCCCGGGUGGGACGCCCAGCGAGGCCUGCAUCCUGUGGGGGCGCCUGGACUCCUGGUUCCCACGAGCGUCCUCCAGCUGCCGGCGACGUCCUCUCCUGUGGGUGCACAGCGGCCCAUGUGGCUGCAGCGUCGGACCUUGGACACAAGCCCCGUGUGGUACCAGCAGGAGGGACGGAGUGCAGUGUGUUCAAGCCCACGAGAAAAUUCAGCAACUUGUUUACAUGGCAUUUGUGUACACUAAGAUAUAACCCCAAUAAAAUGAUAAAUUCAAAUUCAUGACUGACCAGUGUAACCAAAAAUAAAGGAUUUCACAUACGGUACCCUCCACACCAAGGUCUCAUCUGACCUACCUGCUUCUUUUGUGUAAAACUGUUAACUGUCUCUGACCAACAGUAUUUAUUGACAGUGACUUUGUAUUGCACUAAGCCUGUUGUCAUAAAUAAAGCCACUCGUUUGAA